GGCCGCUUGAUCAGCGGAGCUCGCACCCCCUGAACAGAUGGAAAAAAAAAAAUUAUGUACACACGUGUACACGUAGAUCACCGCGAACGCGGCAGGACAGAAAAAAAAAAAAAAAUGAAAAAUACUCCAUUUUGCGCAACGGCGUAUAAAAAGAAGGGGAACAAAUUGCACCAGCGGUGAAUCACCCUACUGCUACGCAUUCAGAGAUAAUCGAAUUGGGUCCCCCGGCACACAUAACGGGCUUUCUACAUUUUCGCGUCGGUUUGAGAAAGCGUGCCCACUAGCAAAGGGCGUAAAAGGCGCUUCAAAGGAGUUGGAAGCACCGCCAAUUUUGGAAGAGUUAUAAACCCACAAACCCGGCAGGAUCAAUCAAACGCCAAGCAGCGAGUUACCCCAGCAAAGGGCACACCACCGCAAACAGGCAGAGCGGUCCACCCUAACUGUAAGUGCCUGCCUACCAAUACUUAGGACCACUAAACGGGAAGUGCGCCCCCAAGAUGAAGCUACUAACCUUUGCCGCGGCGACCUAUGGGUUCCUACUGAAGGAAUGUCUAAACAGCUUCAUAUUUCCAACGAAGCAUUUAUGCGACUUUGCGUUGAAUCCCCAUAGUAGCAUCAAGCCGGUGCUCAAAGAAGCGAGUGGAAAGGAUGAAGAAGUGUGGUGCAGCGUGCAUAACCCAAGUCUCACAGACUACGUAGCAAUGGUGUGUCCCAAAAAAAAAGGAGGAGACUACACAGAGUUAGAAACAGUGCCAGCCAACUGCUUCACCAAACAUCUCUACUCCCCAUAUGAUUCAGAAGAAAAUGAAAAAGACAUGGAACUUCUCGAAUUAGACCCAAAAUUAUCCUUCAACAGAACCUUUAACGAUUUUGUAUUAAAGGUGUUGGUCAUCCCAGGGUAUUAUAAGCACAACAAAACAAUCUACUGCCGAUGCGACAAUAGGAAAACGAAGAAAGGGGAGGACCAAGAAAAAAUAGAAGAAGGGAAAGUAGGAUUAGUAAAAAUCGUCUUGAACAAAAAAGAAAAAAAACCAAGAGGAAUCGAUUUCACAGAAACUGAUGAGUUGGAACAAACAGACAUAGUCCAAAAUGGAAAUGACAAACUGGUGAAGGUGAAGGAAAAUGAAACUAUUCAUUUUAAAUUUAACUCCAAUCAAAAACUUGAAAUUAAGGAAUGCGAAAAUGUUAUUAACAUGAAAUAUGGCUUUCUACAAGAGCACGUUUUAAAUUUUAGAUUUCCUGCCGUCUUUUUAUCCUCAGAAAACUGCACCAUAACAGUUAUAGAAAGUGCAAAAACACCUGUAAGGAUUAUCAUAAAGACGCAGAAAACGGAAAACAUAGAUGGCUGUGAUUUUACCAAACCGUCAGGGGAGGGAGAUUACCAAGAUGGGUUUGCCUUAGAAGAAUUAAAGUCAAAUGAAAAAAUAUGUACGAUACAUAUCGGCUCCAGCAAGAAGAAAAUUUCUGCAGGUAUUAAGUGCCCCUACAAAUUAACACCUACCUACUGCUUUAGACACGUCCUAUAUGAAAAAGACGUCAACGGGGUGAAGUCCUAUCACCCCUUCUUGUUGACCGACGUUUUGGGAACCCUCGAUGUAGAAUUCUACAGCAAUGCACAAGAGGGAUCCUACAUAAUUGGGUUGCCAACCAAUCCCCAAAAAUAUUCUGUUGUGAGAUGCGUUUGUGAGCAUAAUGGAAAAGCUGGUAUUAUGGAACUGAGGAUUGCCUCUUCCUCCGGGUGGGCCUUCCUCAGCCUCACCUUGCUGCUUCUCCUCAUCGCUCUCCUUUCCGCGUGCUAGCCGUCACGCCGCGUUGCCCUGCGAAGUGGCGUCGCUGCGCAGAUAGCCACAUGUGUGGUUUGCAGCACCACGUGAUGAUUAGGGCAGCAUGCUCCCCCGCAUGAAAAAGAUUCAACCGCGGAAUGUGCACGGGUGUCCCUACACACUUCUAUAACGCAGCGCUGAAGUUUGCCCCCGCUGCCAUGCGCCACACACUUCUAUAGCGGCGCUCCGAUUUUUCUUCCUCCCUGGGGAGAGACAGCCGAACCCCGUGUUGGGGCAGGGUGAGCACACUUGGUGCGCCUCUCCCGUAAGGAACAACC